ACAAUUUAAUACGAUAAGAAGCAAUACUUUCUGAGAAAGAUACAAUUCUGGUCGCCAUCUGCCUGCAAUAUGGUUGUUGGAUUAUCUCUUUCGCUCUCGCCACGAAGUUUCCCAGGCAUGGUGAUGCAGUUUCCUGGUUAAUUUCCAAGUCUCCCUCCACACUCAAUCGGCUAUUGCUAAAGUCAACGCGCUCCAACUCCGAAAUUUCUAUCGAGCUUCGAAUUUCUAAUCUGUUGUUGUUUUGGGAAAGUGGCUCAAAUGGUCCGAAAUCAAAUCUCAAAUAUCGAAGACAUACUGAAAAACUGAUCAUUUCAUCAGCCGAUUUCCCUGUUAUUUUCUGUUGUCGUAAAUUUUAGGUUGAAACUUUUGUAAGUUUUUCUGAUUUUGGUGUAGGUUUUUGUUGUUAAGAAUCAAGGAAUGAGUGGAGCAGGCAGCCUUUUCGGAGGGGCUGGUCUCGGAACACUAGUCAAUGCGCUGUACGAUGUCCUCAAGGAGCUGAUCACCAAGAAUGUAAUGUUUAAGCCCCUACUCAAAAACAUCAAAUUCAGGUUAGACUCUUUGGAACCAUUGUUGAAAGAUAUAGAAAGAUCCAACAAGAAAUUGGACCUGUCGGAUAAGGAACUGAGAAACUUGAAACUACAUUUGGAGGAGGGCAUACAUCUCGUCCAAAAGUGCAAAAAGAUUCGAUGGUGGAGCGUAUUAGUAUACAAAAGGUACAAGUACGCCAACAAGCUGAUUGAAUGGGAUGCAUCUCUUCAACGACUUUUGGACAUGCUAAAAGUUCAGGGAAUAAGGGAUGUGAAGGACAACGCGGUUACGGUGAAGAAUGUAGAGGAGGCGGUCAUCAGAAUUGAAUCGAAUAUGGUGAUACCAAAACAACCCGACAGUGAAGCUUGGUGUGCCGUACCUCAACUUCCGCCGCUCGUGGUUGGAUUGGAUUUUCCUCUAAAGGAACUGAAGAGGAAGCUUCUAAAGGACAAAAAUGUGUCAAUGGUUGUGCUGACUGCUCCUGGAGGAUGUGGGAAAACCACUUUGGCUACAAAGUUUUGUCAAGACAAGGAUAUCAAAGAUGCAUUCAAGGAUAACAUCUUCUUUGUCACGGUUUCAAAAAAGCCUAAAUUAGAAAAUAUUGUUCAAGAUCUUUAUAUCAACGCAAGGGUUUCCAAGCACCUACUUUCCAAAACGAAGUUAGUACAGCGACGUGGCUGCAACGUUUUCUGAAGGAAGAAGGGCAGAAUCCUUUACUGAUUGUCCUGGAUGAUGUUUGGCCUGGAUCAGAAUCCCUUGUGGAGAAGUUUGAUCAAUUCAAAACGGAAAAUUACAAGUUUUUGGUGACAUCUAGGUCUGAAUUUCGGGGAUAUGGUUCCCCUUAUUAUUUGCAAUCAUUGGAUCAUGACAAUGCGAUGAAACUUUUUCAUCAUUCAGCAUCCCUUGGAGAUAAGAGCUCUCAUAUUCCAAAAGAUCUUCCAGAAAAGAUAGUUGAGCGUUGCAAGGGAUUUCCACUUGCUAUUACAGUGGUGGGGAGAUCGCUUAGUGGGGAGCCUAUAGAGAUAUGGCAAAAAAGAGAACUUGAAUUGUCUAAAGGUUUUUCUAUUCUUGAUUCAGAGACUGAAUUGCUGCUCUGCCUUGAACGAAGCUUGGAUGCCUUAGAUAAAGAAAUCAUCAAGGAAUGUUUCUUAGACUUAGGUUCAUUUCCAGAAGACCAAAGAAUCGCUGCAGCUGCCCUUGUUGAUAUCUGGGCAGAGUUAUAUGAUGUAGAUACAGAUAUAGAGUGCAUUGCAAACAUCUACGAGCUCACCAAACGAAGUCUAGCUAAUCUUGUUGUCACAAGGAAGGACAAGAUGGAGGGGGACGGGUAUUAUAGUGAGCACUUUGUUACCCAGCAUGAUGUUCUUAGGGAACUGGCCAUCUAUGACA